AUGAAGGCCAACAUCUCAAGCCUCAGCAGUGGCUACAACACCCCGCUAAACCGCUGCAAAAAUGCAGCCCUCUUGGCUGUUCUAAUCUUGGUUCUUGCCGCCAUCAGUCGGUUCGAUCGUCAUCACCUGCCCGACGACUUGCCAUUCUUGUCGUGGUUCUGGGACACCAACGUUAAUACCUCAGUUCUUGUCGAUCAAGACACUGAAUUGUCAUACUCGACGUUGUCGGAUGAUGCGAUCGAUUCCGAUGGUAAUGCGAUGAGCAGAGGAUCAGAGCCCAAAUGUGACAUAUUUAGAGGGACAUGGGUGCCGGACUCAGAAGGGCGGCCUUAUUAUGGGAACAAAGGUGGGUGUGAGAUUUCUGAAGGGGAGGAUUGUAUGAAGUUUGGGAGGCCGGACAGUGAGUACAUGAAGUGGAGGUGGCGGCCGGAUGGCUGCGAGCUGCCGCGGUUCGAUGCGGCGGCGUUCUUGGAGCUUGUUAGAGGCAAGUCCAUGGCGUUCAUUGGGGACUCACUGGCAAGGAACCACAUGCAGUCACUGGGAUGCAUGUUGAGCGCUGUGGCGCGACCAGUGAACCAGUCAGAUCCAGAAGAUCAAAGACUCAGGCGAUGGUUCUACGCCGAUUACAACUUCACAUUACAACUCAUGUCAAGCACUCAUCUAAUCACCUCUCGAUCCGUAGAAAUCCUGUCCGUGAAACCCAUUCACCUCUACUUGGAUGAAGCCGAUGAGAUCUGGGCGACGAGAGUGGAGAGCUUCGACUACUUGAUCAUCUCCGCCGGCCACUGGUUCUCCAGGCCGUUGAUCUACCACGAGAACCAAAAGAUCACCGGCUGCCACAUGUGUCGCCACCGGAACACGACGGAACUUACUCGAUUCUACGGCUAUCGACAAGCCUUCCAGACUGUUUUCAGCAAACUUCUCGAUUUGCGAAGCUUCAAAGGGACUGUGUUCUUGAGAACGAUCUCGCCGACGCAUUUCGAGGUGGAGCAGAUGGAGGGGAGAGGGAAUUGCGCGAGAACGAGGCCGUUUACAAAGCGCGAACUGAAGUUUGAUUGGUAUCUUUCCAUGUAUUACGUGACGGAGGUGGAGUUGUUGAAAGAAGCGCAAAGAGAGGUGAAGGGGAGGGAACUGAAGCUGAGGCUGCUGGAUGUGACGGAGGCGAUGAGGUUGAGGCCGGACGGCCAUCCGAACGUUUACGGCCAGUCGCCGGAGAAGAAGAAGAGCUCGGCUGAUUGCCUGCACUGGUGCUUGCCCGGCGCCAUUGAUACUUGGAACGAGCUUCUGCUGCAGAUGCUCAAGACAGAUCGGUGA